AUAUUGGGGAAGGCAACAAAAGGAAGUCUGUGCCUCUCGUUACUUCCCCACUUGCCGCCUCCAUUCCGUCCAAAGCGGCUGGCGAUGUUGGCUGCCAGCGUUCGCGUUUCUCACCAUCUCCGGGAGUUCGACUCUCACUUUGCCUUCGGAUUAACCUCCGGCCUUACCUCCUCCGCCAUCCUUCUCUUUCCUCCCAUAUGGCCUCGCAAUCCCACUUCUAAUUUUCCUUCAAUUUCUCACCGCUCUCAACCACGUCGGGUUUCUUUCUUUUGCUCCAUUGUCCCCUCCACUUCCUCUGGCGAAAUUCCCGUUCUCUCAGAUUGUUUUGGUUCACGAGAGGAUGAUCGUGAAGUCUCUGUGGCAGGAGGAAUAGUAGCAUUAGGAAAAUUUGAUGCUCUCCACGUUGGUCAUCGAGAGCUUGCAAUUCAAGCAUCAAUGGUUGGAUCUCCAUUUCUAUUGUCAUUUGUUGGAAUUGCUGAAGUACUUGGUUGGGAACCUAGGGCUCCCAUAGUUGCUCAAUGCGAUAGGAAGCGAGUUCUUUCCUCAUGGGCACCAUACUGCCAAAACUCAGCUCCAUCAGAAUAUCAGAUUCAAUUUUCGAGCGUCCGUUAUCUUACUCCAAGAGAAUUUGUUGAAAAAUUAUCAAAGGAGCUUCGUGUUUGUGGAGUUGUGGCAGGGGAAAGCUAUAGGUUUGGAUAUAAGGCAGCAGGUGAUGCAGCAGAGCUGGUGAAACUGUGCGAGGAAUAUGGGAUAAGUGCUUAUAUUAUAAAAUCUGUGAUGGAUAGAAACCAAAAAGUUCUUAAUUCUGCCAAUUCAAAGGAGAGAGGACAAGUGUCUUCUACUCGGGUUCGCCAUGCACUUUCCAUAGGAGAUAUGAAAUAUGUCUCUGAGCUUUUAGGCCGCAGGCAUCGUCUUAUUUUGAUGGAAAAAGGCCUAGAGGGAUUUAGCAAUACCAAUAGCAGAGUGUCAGCCCCAAGAUCAUGUUUAUUAAAUUUAUCUCCAAAAGAAGGUUUCUAUAAUAACUGUUUUCUCUGUACAACUGAUGAGAACCUAAUUCCAUGUCGGGUAGCUAUCGACUCCACUCAUGUUCACAUAGAAAUGGAUGAUAUAGGUACAAUCCAUCUUGUAGGAACACAAGACUGCGUCAAUAUUGAAUUUGGCGAUGGAGUAUGAUUGUGUUGGAUUUCACCUCCUUUUAUUUUUCUAGAGACAAAAGGAAUUCCUGGAUGACCUCUCUUAUAUUCACAUACUGAAAUGUCUAAAUCCCUUGGACUCUGAAUUAUAUAUAUACAUCAGCGAGAUCCAUAAUUUUUCUUGCAAAGAGAUGUGGAGCUAAUCUGGUGAUUCAAUUUGAGGGCGUUUCAGCAAUAAUGUUCUAAAUAUAUGCAGACACGAAACACGGUUUCACGGGCUGAUGUGGAUAAUGCAAUCAUUUACAGCUGGUUCAGUGAAGUUUUACAACUUAUUUUUGGCAGGAACAGUUUAGUAGUUUCCUUCAGCUAUCUGACAGAUUCAAAUGACCCAUUUUUUUUCAAGUAUGUAUUAGCUAGAGCACAUUGUUUGCAAAGUAUUUAUUAUAUUUAUGUCUUCAUGUACAUUUAUCUGGAAACAAAUAAUUCAAAAGGCAUCGUUUUAUGUUGGAA